AUGAGUGCCGGAAAGUGCGAAGUCUGCCUCGAAGAGAAGCCCAAGCUCGUCAAUUGUGGCCGUUGUGGCAAUCGCAAAUACUGCGGUGCCGCCUGCCAGAGAAAGGACUGGUCUACCCACAAACAUCAAUGCCAGCCCAAGAAACAGCCCUCUUGGAUCCUGAAAAUCACUAUCCCCGACUCCAGAGACCCUCAAAUCUAUCGCACCUUGGUCUGCCCCGACGGCGCCACCUUCGAGCAGCUGCACUACGCCAUCCAGAUUGCUUUUGGCUGGGCAGCCAGUCACAGCUAUGACUUUGUAGCUCGUGACCCUACCGCCGAAGAGCGUCCCGUCGAGGACAUCAUGGCUUUGAUCCAACGUCGUAUGGCUCAAGACAAAGGCGAGCAGAGAGAUUUCGGCCCUCGCCAGAACUUCAUCAGAAUCGUCAAUCCCAACGACAAUAAGAUGAUUGACUCAAUGCAUUCUUACGACCGCAAGCACUCCCAGACCCCCGAAAAGAAGGCAGACAAGGUCUACGUCGGCGAACAAUUCAACAAGAAGGAAUGGAAGAACGCUGAGUGGGAGUACAUGUAUGACUUUGGUGACAAUUGGGGUCACGAAAUCGAGAUCAUUGGACGCGGUAAAGUUGACGAUACUUUCCGCUGCACUGAAGGAAAUGGUCACGGUAUUGCCGAGGAUGCUGGAAGCAUGCCUGGCUGGGAGGAACUCAAGAACGCUUACAGGGCUGUGAACCCGACUGAUGAGCAAAAGGAGAAAAUGCAUUGGUUUGAGAAUCAGGCCAGUAACUUUGACCCUGAGGGCUUGAAGGGUAGGGAAAGCUAUGUUGACUUGAGUGUCAUUAAUGCUCUUCUUGAUAGCAACAUUGAGUAG